AUGGCCAACCCAGACCUAAUCGUUCCCACAACCUGCCGCCUCUCCACGCGCCUCUCGAUACAAUGGCUCCCGGAACCUGUCGGCGAAGAAACAACCGACACUCUGGUCAUGUCCGUGAACGGCUGGUACCUAGACCUACGCAUGAAGAAAACGGGAGGAAUGGACUGGGCCAUCGCAGGGCAACGGAUCGUCGAGAGCCAGCAUCCAGUCAAAGUAUCAUUCACACACGAACUCGACUCUCAUAAUGUCUUUGAAAGUGCGGACUGUGGAACCUUCGAGCCUCUUUCGCCGGGCGUCGAUAAGGAGACAGGGUCUAUGGCUAAUUAUGAUCUCCCUGGGGCUCCUGAGAUGGAGUAUGUUGAGAUUUGGAAGGAGCUUUCUUUUCGAGAAGGUCCUGAGGGGCCAUUGAAGGGUAUUUCGUGGGUGCUUGAAUCAGAUGAUGAGGUUGUUGAAGAAGAGGGAGAGGUCUUGGUGACCAAGACUUUUUUGGGCCGAAUUUGGGGGACGUAUUUGGCAUUGCAGCAGACUCAACUUCAUAGGCGCCAGAAAGAUUCGUCUGGUAAUUGGAUUGUGAGUAAGUCUGGACAUGAUGUUAGUGCUAAGAGGGAAGAAUGGGCCUCAGGGUGGAGUACAACGGUUGUUUAUGGAGAAGCCGGGGAGCUGUUGCCAUCGAUGACUGAGAUUGAAGGCCAAGAGAAUGGGCCUUGGACGGUUCCAGGGGAGAAGGUGACCGUUGAGGGUAAGAAGUACAUUGUUCGAGCAUUUGAAGAGAUUCAGUAG